GUUUCGAUGGAGAAAAUGGCAAAGAUGUUCAGUGUUCUCCUUGUCACCACUGCUCUAGUAAUGGGCAGGAAGAGCUGGGCUCUAGAGAAUUGUCUCCAGGAGCAGGCACGGCUCAGAGCCCAGGUGCACGUGCUUGAGACCCGGGUCAAACAGCAACAGGUCAAGAUCACACAGCUUUUGCAUGAGAACGAAGUCCAGUUCCUCGAUAAAGGAGAGGAGAAUACUGUCAUGGACCUUGGAGGCAAAAGGCAAUAUGCAGAUUGUUCAGAGAUUUUUAAUGAUGGGUAUAAGCGCAGUGGAUUUUACAAAAUCAAACCUCUCCAGAGCCCAACAGAAUUCUCCGUUUACUGUGACAUGUCUGAUGGAGGAGGAUGGACUGUAAUUCAGAGAAGAUCUGAUGGCAGUGAGAACUUUAACAGACGCUGGAAUGACUAUGAAAAUGGCUUCGGAAAUUUUGUUCAAGAAAAUGGUGAAUAUUGGCUGGGUAAUAAAAAUAUUCACUUAUUGACCACACAAGGAGACUAUACUUUAAAAAUUGACCUUGCAGAUUUUGAAAAAAAUAGCCGUUAUGCGCAGUAUAACCUUUUCAAAGUUGGAGACGAAAAGAAUUCCUACGAGUUGAACAUCGGGGAAUAUUCUGGAACAGCUGGAGACUCCCUUACGGGGAAUUUUCAUCCUGAGGUGCAAUGGUGGGCUAGUCACCAAAGAAUGAAAUUCAGCACACAGGACAGAGAUAAUGACAACUACGAAGGGAACUGUGCAGACGAAGAUCAGUCUGGCUGGUGGUUUAACAGGUGUCACUCUGCAAACCUGAACGGCUUAUACUAUAAGGGCCCCUAUACUGCUAAAACGGACAACGGGGUUGUCUGGCACACGUGGCAUGGAUGGUGGUAUUCUCUGAAAUCUGUGGUUAUGAAAAUUAGGCCACAUGAUUUUAUUCCAAAUACUGUUUAAUUUUCCCUGCUGGACUUUCUUUUGCAAUUCAUCUCGGUUUAAAGUAAUUUGAAAAAUAGCACUUGUGAACAUAUACAUAGAUAGAUGGCAACUGCUAUGUGUACUACUUUUCAUUCCUACUGAGCUUUAUUACUUAUUGCACUUUCA